ACGCAGUCCUUUAUGAAAAAAAAGUCCAUGUGUUCACACCUUUAAAUGUCUUGGUCCAUCCUCAAGCACAUCAUUUGCCAAAGUACUAAAAAAAGUCGUGCAUCUUUGUCGUUUGCUACGAGAAUAAAUCAACAAGAAGAUCAAGUGGUGAACGAAGUACCUGAAAACAUUCUACCAAAUCUUAAGCUAGUAGUUGUUGCUCAUUGUUGAACUUCAUCAUACAAUGGCUUCCUCAAUGAAACGCAAAAGGAUUCACGACGUCUUCUUGAGUUUCAGAGGCACGGAUGUACGUAAGAACUUCCUCAGUCAUCUGUACAAAGCAUUAGUUCAAAAUGGAAUAAACACUUUCAAGGAUAGUGAGGAACUGAGGAAGGGUGACCAAAUAUCGCCGGUACUCAUGGAGGCCAUUGAGCAAUCGCACAUCGCAAUCAUCGUUUUUUCAGAGGAUUAUGCUUCCUCAAAAUGGUGCUUGGAAGAGGUGGUGAAGAUUAUGGAGUGCAAGGAGCAAAGGGACCUCAUUGUUCUACCGGUAUUUUACAAAGUGAACCCAAAAGAAGUGAGAGGGGGGAGAGAGAGUUAUGGGAGAGCUCUAGCUAAGUAUGAGUCCAAAUUCGGGAAGGAUUCAGAGGAAGUGAGAAAAUGGAAGAAAGCUCUUUUUGACGCCGGUAGCUUAUCUGGGUGGCAUUUCAAUGAUGAAGAUGAAUCACAGCUUAUACAAAGUAUUGUGAACGAAACCUCCACUCGCCUAGCCCGACCACCUGUGCAUGUUGCUAAGCAUCCAGUUGGGAUUAAAUCCCGAGUGGUUGAAUUGAAAUCAAUGUUAAAGCUUGGAUCUGAUGAUGAUGUUGUCAUGGUGGGAUUAUGGGGACAGGGAGGCAUAGGGAAGUCAACUUUAGGAGAUUGUGUUGUAAAAGCCAUUGUGUUGGAGCCACCCAAACUGAAAGAGCUAAGUAUCCAUCCUAAUGCUUUUACGAAAAUGAGAAAGUUGAGAUUGCUCAUCCUAUCCAAUGUGCGUAAUUCUUUCCACGGCCCUAUAUGUCUUCCGAAUGCGCUAAGAUGGAUGGAUUGCACUGGAUGUGAUCCUUGGAAUCCAAAAUUUUCAUCCGGUCCAAAGAAAUUAGUCAAUCUUUAUAUGAGGAAAGGCAGUAUCACAGAAAUCGUAAAACAAUUUAAGGACUUCAAACAAUUGGCGUACGUUAAAUUGAGUGACUGCGAGUCGCUCAUUAUUACGCCCAACCUCUCAUGUGCUCCAAAUCUCAAAACAUUGAAACUCUGGAAUUGCAAAAACUUGGUAGAAGCCCAUGAGUCGAUUGCAAAUCAUGACAAUCUCCAAGUCUUGCAUUUUGAAUGGUGCCAUGAACUUCGUGUUUUUCCAAAUGUGCUCAAGUCAAAAAAAUCUUCAAGAUCUCAACUUUUCUGUUUGCUCGAAAUUUGAAAGAUUUCCGAUAUCCCACAUGAACUUGGAUGCCUGAAAAAACUUUCCAUACUACAUACUGCUAUUAAAGAACUUCCUACAUCAAUAGAAAAUCUUGUCUCUCUAGAGAGAAUGCUCUUAGAUAUUUGCAAAAACUCAGUAAGCAUUCCAUCUAAUAUUUACAAGUUACAAAAACUUCAAUGCUUCAAAUCUGCUUUUGGCCCAAUCGUGUUUCCAAACCUCACGGAUUCAGCUAAUCCGUGCAUGAAGGUUGGACUUUCAAAUUUAAAAGUCUUAGACCUUCUCAAUUGUAAUCUG